AUGACGGGUUCCCUUACCGCAACUGCGGUGCAGUUGCUGCCGCUGCUGCCCCCGCGACCGUUGCUAGAGGCGGUUGAGCGUCUUUUGUGCCGUUGUGACAGUUGGCAGUUUGACACGUUGGGCCUUCAAGAGAUCAGCGGGGGCCAUGCGCUGUCGGCUCUGGGGUUCUUUCUGAUGCAGCGCGAGGGGCUGGUGGAGAGAUUUCGCAUGGAGCCGCUCCGGCUGGCCCGACUGCUGCGGACUUUGGAGAGUGGCUACCCAGCCAGCAACCCCUACCACAACUCGGCUCAUGCCGCGGAUGUGCUGCACACUCUGCAUGUGCUGCUGCACGGGGCUCAGCUCACAGAGCAUUACUUGGACAAGCUAGGCCUGAUGGCGGCGUACUUUGCGGCGAUCGUUCACGACUACGGCCACCCGGGCCUCACCAACGACUUCCUGGUGGCAACCUCUCACCCCCUGGCGCUGAGGUACAACGACCGGUCCCCCCUGGAGAGCCACCACGCGGCCGCGGCCUUCACCCUGCUGGCCGACAGACCCGACCUCGACGUCACUACGGGUCUUAGCGCCGCGGAGAGGGCGGCAUUCCGGAAGCAGGCGAGGGGGGGGCAGGGGCCCCUGUUGCUUGGGGCCUUGCGUGUCGUUGAGCUCGUCCUGGCCACCGACAUGAAGCAGCACUUUGCCAUCCUCAACCAGUUCAACACGGGUCCCUCGGGGGGCAUGGUGGAGGUUGUGGCCCCGGUGCCGCUGAACGAGGGGGAGAGGCUCCUCACAUUGCAGGUGAUGCUCAAGGCUUCCGACAUUGGCCACCUGGGGGCGAGUCUAGACCGCCACAAGCGGUGGCUUACCGGUCUUGAGGAGGAGUUCUUCCGCCAGGGCGACCAGGAGCGCCAGAGGGGCCUCCCAGUCAGUCCGCUGUUUGACCGGGCCAAGCAGGGAGUCAGCAAGAGCCAGGUGGGGUUCUAUGACUUCGUGGCGCUGCCGCUGGUGCGAGCCGUGGCGGAGGCCUUCCCUGGAGCCCUGCCCCUGCUGCGCUGCUUCUCUGAGAACUACAAGUACUGGAAGAAGGCGGAGGCGGCAGCAGCAGCAGCGGGGGGCCCAGGAGCGGCAGGGGGGCCCGCCGCCGCCAGCAUGGCCGGCACCGCCACCACGGACACCCCGCCACCGCCACCGCCACCGUCACCGCCACCGCCACCGCCACCGCCGCAGCAGUAG